AUGGAUUUCUCAAACGAAAAAAUUCGUUUACAAACAGAUGCAUUUUAUUCGAAAGUACCAGGACAAUUAGUAAUAACAACGAAAAGGCUUUAUUGGGUUGCGAGAGGAGAACAAGAACCUAAAGUCAUAGUUCCACAUUCACCAACAAACAAGUUGUUUAUUGGAAAAAGGAAUAACCCAAGUGCUGAUCCGAAAUUUAGAAUAAACACAUCCCCUGACCAAGGGCAUUUAUUUAUAGUUGAUAAUUGGAAUUUACUCCCUAAAAUACAAUCAGAGUUAACAUCAUGUAUUGCAGGAGAAAAAUCUGCUGCUGCUUCACCUUCUUCCCAACGUUCCGCUGCACCCUCUCCUGGAUCUGGCUCUUCUUCACCAGCAGUAAGACAUGGAUCAGUUCCUCCUAAUGGAAAAAAUAUUCCUAUAAGGAAAAUUCCCAAUUCAAGAACGCUAGAGCUACGAAGAGAGCUUUUAGUUAGAGAUAAAAAUUUAGCAGAUCGACACAAAACUCUUGUUUUUAUGGAAAAAUGUAUAAGUGAAGAAGAAUUUUGGGAUCAACGAAGAAACCUUUUAAGGGAUCAAUUAGCUCAAAUGUCACAGAAGAAGGGAAGGUCAUCAACAAUGCCUACUUUACGUCCAGUAACUGAAGAAAGUGGAGAUUCCACAGUCAAUAUUCCAAAGUAUUUAAUUUCUGAAAUUUUUGAUGAAUAUCCUCGUGUCAAAUCUGCAUUUAAUGAAUAUGUUACUAAGCAAAAGAUGUUAACCGAAGAAGAAUUUUGGAAACGGUAUGUUCAAUCUAAAUUCAAUGAGAGGAAUAGAGGUAACGUUUCUAUGGCGAUUAAAGAUGAAAUAUUUGAUAAAUCGUGGACCGAAACUGAAGAAGAUUUAAAUAAAGAAGAUCCUGCAAGUAAAAGAUUAAAAAUAAGUUUGAUGCAUGACUUAAAUGCGACUCAGGAAGAUCACUUGGGGGUUGAAAUUGAAAAAGAUAUUACAAUGAGACCAGGAGGUCAAAGUAAAAUUAUUUCAAUAAUAAGACAUAAUAAUAGACAUGGUAUGCGAAUAUUAGAAUCUGCUAGCAGAGAAAAAUCAAAAUGGAAUAAAAAAGAAAUGCUGUCAAAAUUUGAUGAAAUUUUAAUAGAAGACUUAAAACCUCAACCGUUAGAAGAAAAGUUAAAAUUGGAUAUAAAAGAUGUUCGCGAAUAUUUUGCUGCACAAAAAUUAGAUUCUGGUUCUGAAGUUGAAAUGGAAGACGCCCAAGAGAGAUUUGAUGAAAUUUUUGAAGAAUUUAAAAAUGAAUUUUCAAAUUGGAAACCGGAUCUAUCAAAUUUGAUAGAUCCAAAUGUAUCUUUUAUGGUUACAAAACAGUGUAAUGAAAUGAUUCAAAACAAACAAAGAAAUGCUCAAAAAUCACCGCCCAGUUUGGAUACUUUUCCGAUCCGUAUUCAUGAAAAAUUAAAAGCGUUACACAUGGCUGGCAAUGAGUUUUUAAAGCAUUAUUAUUCAUCACUUAAUUCAGCAACUCGAGAUAAAGCAGAUAAACAAAAGAAAUUAAUUGAAAAAUUAAAAGCUAUUUUAAAACAAAUUGAUAAUUUUCACAUGCUUUGUCAAAAUGAGGAAGCAUCAAGUGAUAAUAGUCAAACUGUUAGUGAGGAAACAUGGAAAGAAUCACUCAGGGUUGCUCAAGAUAUGUUGAAACCUUUAAGGAUAUCAAUUAAUAAAGUUUUAGGGAUACCUCCAGAGUCAGAAACAAAACAAAACAUUACUCCUAGAGGACCACCCACCAAGAUUAACCCCAAUGCUCAACAAAGGAUUUCCCGACAAACUAGUUCUACAAAUAACAUUGAUGCAUCCAGAUCAAGAAAUGUCCGUGAUAAUCGUGAUAAUCGUAAUAGCAAUAGAAGUACAAGUUCAACUCGUGUCUCACUUAAUCCAAAUCGUCCAACUCGUAUUGUUCUAAAGUCAAAAGUAGAUCCUAAACCAUUAUCAAGUACUCGUAAAAGCGGUAAUGAAACGUUGGAACAUCCAAAAACGGAUUCAUCAAACAAAAGAAAAAGAAUGUCAUAA